CGGCAGCAUCCGGAGGGGGAGUGUGCAUCCCGCUCCGCCUCUCAUCUCUGACUGGAAACUUUGACAUUGCCUCACACACCGCGCGCUCUCUCUAAAACUCUUCCCUUUCUCCUUCAGUCCUUCUUCGCCUCUGCCGUUUAGUUACUCUUCAGGCACAUAACCGCAUCUACAUCCUCUCCUUGUAACGAAGAUAGGGAGGUUUUGUUAUAAUGUAGAGAAGGGAACCGAUGUACUUUUACCGCAAACUGAUUUCAGCGGAUGUCGUGAAGUCGUGAAAAGUCUCUCGUUGCGUGACUCUGGUGCCUGGACGCCCAUACUAAGCCUCUCUCCGUCUGCCUUUCGUUCUGUGGCUAAGACUGAGAAGGUGGAUGAGAGACAGAGAGGUUGAAGAAAUUGAAAUACUAGAGGAAGAAAGAGAGAGAAUUACUGGGCGAGAGAAGACAAGCUGCAGAAGUUGAAACAGAGAAAGAGGAAGAUAAAGAAAGAAUUAGCGGGAGAGAGGAGAAGCUGAAAGAGAGGAAGAGGAAAGAAAAGGGAAAGAAAGAGUUGCCGAAUUUACAAGCGGAUGAGAAGAGAGAAGAGAUGAAGAACUUGAAAUAGAGGAAGAGAAGGAGAGAGAAGGCAAAAGUUACUGACAUAUAGAAGGGAGUGAGGAAAGCUGAAAAAAAGGAAGAGGAAAAGAGAGAAAUAAGUUAGCGAAUUACGAGCGGAAGAGAAGAGAAACUAAAAAAUAUAGAGAGGAAGAGGAAGAGGAAAAAAGGUUCUGAAGAAGUUGAUGAAGAGGAAGAAGUAACCGAAGGAGUUACUGAAUUAUCUUAACGUAGAAAUCAUCGUUUGCUUGCUAAAUAGUUGUGCCGAUAAGCGUUAUAUUAAGCGUUACGUUGACCAAGAAGAAAUAACGAUAUAGAGGAGAAAGUUUGGGUCACCUCUCACCUGCGUCACUUGAACAGUGGCUGACCAAGAAGCGGAUCCCAACCCUACCAGUAAUAUCUUGAGAAGUACCCCCCCCCCCUCUCCCUACCCCUUCCCUCUCAUCCCUCCACCCUCUCCUCUCCCCUCAAGUAACCUAGCCCCAAGUAAAUAGCCCCCAUUCAGACCCCCUUCGCUAGACAUCUCCACCCUGGGUUGUUCAGUAGCCCCACCGAACGAAGCCUCAAGAAGUAGCCUGUCCGGGACUCUCAUGGUAACUGAACGAAGAACUCGAUAAAGCCGCUGGUGGAAUGACAGAACCUAGAGGGAGAAAGAGGAAUCAAAUACUCCUUCAACCUCUUCGACUUCGACCUCAACCUCAAUCUCACUCCACCUUCGUCUGAGGAAAACCGUUCGUGGAGGUUGCAGCAAGUGGGAACCAGGAACGUGAUGUCCAUGGGCUCGAGGCUUCAAAGGGGACAGCGCGAACCCGUAUCGACUCGUUCUGUGCCUCGUUCGGACUGGGAGUGAGCGAGUGAGCGCGUCGAGAGAAGAACCGAGUCAAGAUGGCCCACUGCACGGAGGCUGUGUGGGGCAUGUUGAGCCUUAUGGUCAUGACGUCGCUUGGAGGCAGCAGCGAUGACAUUGGUCUGCUCCCGAGGUUCCUGAAGGACGUCCCUAACAUCACGGUGACGGUGGGACGCGAUGCCCUCCUGCCCUGCACCGUGGAGCAGCUCAGGGGCUUCAAGGUGGCGUGGGUGCAGGUGGACACACAGACGAUCCUCACCAUCCACAAGCAGGUGAUCACGAGGAACCCGCGGAUCGCGCUGCUGCACAACGACCAUCGCUCGUGGCACCUGGAGCUCAAGAACGUGAAGGAGUCCGACCGUGGCUGGUACAUGUGUCAAGUGAAUACCGACCCCAUGAGGUUCAAACAGGGAUACGUGGACGUUGUGGUGCCCCCGGACAUCAUCGACAAGGACUCCUCUGGGGACAUCACGGUGAGGGAGGGCCAGGACGUGACGCUGACGUGCCGUGCCGAGGGCCACCCCCCGCCUAACAUCACGUGGCGGCGGGAGGACAACAAGGACAUCAUCCUCCACAACAACCAGAGAGGCCGUACUACAGGAAGACCAUACCAAGGGACACCCGACUCACAGCCCUCCCUCUACGGCCUCACCAACAACAACAACCACAGCGAGGACAGGAACGCUCCACCGGGACACGAAGAAGACGAGAACGAGGCGAGAGGCGGCCACCACAGAGGCUGGACGCACGGGCUGGGGAACAAGGCGAAGACGGUGGAGGGGGGCACGUUGCUACUGAAGAAGGUGUCACGGCUACAGAUGGGGUCCUACCUGUGUAUUGCCUCCAACGGUGUCCCGCCCUCCAUCAGCAAGCGUGCUCAUCUGAAGGUUCAGUUUCCCCCGAUGACCUGGGUUCCGCAGCAGCUCGAGGGCGCCUACCCGGGCCAAGAGGAGAUGACCAUUGAGUGUCAGACGGAGGCCUUCCCGAAGAGCAUCAACUACUGGACGGGACCGAACGGGGAAAUGAUCGUGCCAGGCCCCAAGUUCGAACCGCUGGUGGUGGAGACGGCGUACAAGGUGGAGAUGAGACUCAAGAUUCGCGACGUGGAGACCCAGGACUUCGGGACGUACCGCUGCGUGGCCAAGAACUCGCUGGGGGAGACGGACGGGAGCAUCAGGGUGUAUGCGAUCACGCCCCCCAACUUCGACCUGAGCAGCGGGGUGACGGAGGUUAGCGGGGAGGGCAGCGGCGAGGUCGGCGGGGCGCGGGUCGGCCACUCCACAGCGACGCCCCCGUACAAGCAAGAGGGCGGCAGGUUCAAGGUUGGCCAGGCAGGGAAGGGACUGAACGAGGUGUCGGGAGAGUAUGACCCUAGCAAGGCGUACGGAGGGCGCGACCACGAGAAGGGACACUCACCCAUCUACGAGUACCCGCUGGAGGGCAUGCAGGACUUCGAGGGCACAGGCGGCGGCGUGACCUUCCAACCCUCUCCUUCCUUCCUGGUGGUGGUGCUGCUGGGGCUGGGGCUGGCCGUCGGGAGGCUAUAGAAGGAGGGUGCUUAGUGCUAGUGGUGGUGGUGUGUGGUGAUGGUGGUUCUCGUCUGUUACACAAAUCAUUAACAUUGUAUACUAUUUUGGUCAUGUAUAAAGGCGUGUGGUGGUUGUGGUAUGCAUGUAACGAUGGUGCUGUAUGGAAAGGACGGGGAAUGUUUGCUGGUGAUACAUUGUGUGGUGGCGGUGAUGGUAGAUGAAAAGUACUCAUUGACAGUGAUGGUGGUGGUAGUGGCUGGCAUGCACUGUACGAAAAACUAUUAGAGGGUAUGACACUGUAUUUUGGUCUUGUAUAGUGUAUGGUGGUUGUAGUGGGGGUGGAGAAAUGGGACUUAAAGGUAUUGUUGGGGGUGAUGUGCAUUAUACAAAACUAUGUAAAGAUAUGAAAAACUCUCCUUGUCUUGUAUAGUGUAUGGUGGUGGUGGUGGUGGAGGAAUGGUACUUAAAGGUAUUGUUGGGGGUGGUGUGCAUUAUACAACACUAUGUAAAGAUAUGAAAAACUCUUCCGGUCUUGUGGGAUGCAUGGUGAUGGUAGUGAUGGUGUUGUUGGGGUCGGUGGUGGGUGAUGCGCACUAUACAAAACUCUGUAAAGGUAUGAGACACUGUACUUGAGUCUUGUGUAACAUAUGGUGAUGGUGUAUAGUGGUGGAUUACACAACCACGUAUGUAUAUUAUAAUGAUUUAACUCCUCGUAUGGUCACUGUGGACCGUGGAACUAUAUUAACAUUUAUAAUCAUUUCCUCUAACUACUAAGUGGAUAAUAGAGGAAUGCCUGAUGUAUUAAGAUUAACAGAUUUUCGGCCCAAGUGGACACAUUCACACACUGUCUUCAUGUAUUAAUAAUCAUUCUCUUCACUCACUCGCAUGUGUUCCUCGCGUCGGGCUGGGCUGGACUGUGUUGUUACUGCUGCUGCCUCGUCCUCUUUCCCUCAUAAACAUAUAAGAGUGGGCCGCUGUCUAACUUAACAAUCCUUAUUAUUAUCUCACUAACAUUACCUCACUCAGAACAUUCGUGUAUGACUUGUGAUUGUCAUGUGAAGGUGAAAGGCUUAUUUCUUUUGUUUCUCUUUGCUAACCUGGCUAAAGUCACGGGAAUAAACGUAUAAAAAAGA